AUGAUCAUCAAAUCUCACGAGCAUCAACCUCAGGUACAGUUUCAGCAAUUACAUGAUAAAUUUCCCUUGAACAUGAAGCUGAUGGUUGUCGAUCUUGUAGUAGUUAAACAUUUUUCAACCCCCACAAGAAUUGCACCAAUCGAUUGUAAAAAUAAAUCUGACUUUAUCCGAAUAAACAAUCAUCACUUCAAAAAUUAUGAACUGAUAGAUAUUGAUAAGUAA